AAAGCCAUGUUUUUUCUAGUUCCAUUUCGUUCCUAUAGCCUUUCUCUCUUUCUUCUACGGCUGUUCGCCAUCCAAGAUGACGAAAGGUACAUCAAGUUUUGGUAAACGUCACAAUAAGACGCACACCCUGUGUCGUCGCUGUGGACGCUCUUCGUACCAUAUCCAAAAGUCAACCUGCUCCCAAUGUGGUUAUCCUGCUGCCAAGUUGCGUUCAUACAACUGGUCAGUGAAAGCUAAGAGGAGGAAGACCACUGGCACUGGCCGCAUGCGUUACCUGAAAGUGGUCCGACGCCGUUUCCGCAACGGUUUCCGUGAAGGCACACAAGCCAAACCUAAGAAGACCACCCAGACUAAAUAAGUGUCUAUACAUAUGGAUUUAACUUAGGCGAACGAUUUCUAAAGAAAUUUAUGGAACCAAAAAAUUUGAAUAUAAUAAGCAAGAAUAUUCAGUUUUUGCAAACCAAUA